AUGUAUUUUCUUGUAUUAUUUGAACCAACCGGUGAACGUAUUAUUUAUCAAAAUGAAAAACCUUCUGAAACUGUAACUGUGAAAGAUCUUUUAGAAUGGAUUACUGAUCGAUUUCAUUUUGAAACUGGUACUGGUGAAAUUGGCAAUCGACGUUUAUCAUUAUUAUAUGAUAAUACAGAAUUACAAUUACAUUGGUUUCUUAGAGAUAUAAACAUACGUUUUGGAGCGACAGUAAAAUGCGCAGUCAUUGAAGGUUAG